UAUAUAUAUGUAUGGCUUCUUGCUUCAAUCGCAUUAAGCUUCUGCAUGGGCGGCGGAUACAUACAUACACACACGAUAUACGAAAAAGGUGUAAGAUUGGGCAAGCAGCAAAAUGUUCGAUGUUCGAUGACUACAGCAGAUAUUGAUUAUGUAUGCGAGCAAAGCCCACUCUACAUUCCUAUCUUUGAGAUAGCCACGAGAGUUGGUCAAAAAUCGCAGAUGACUUCACAACAGGGGAUCCGGUGCCGAAAGCGGUACUCGGGGGCGAUCCUUGAGCAUGGCUCGACCUUCUCGUCACAUGCAUUCAUUAACGACUUCUCAGCUACAUAG